AUGCAAAUUGAUUAUUUACCUAAUGUUCACAGCAGUGCGGUAUUCUCGCGGGGCGAAACCAAAGUCCUUUCAGUGAUAACCGUUGGUAAAAUUAGUGAAAAACAAUUAGUUGAUAGCAUUUUUAAUCGUUCUUACAAGCAUUUUAUUCACCAUUAUAAUUUUCCGGGUUUUGCGGUCAAUGAAAUUGCUAGUUAUCGAGCGGUUUCUCGGCGCGAAAUCGGCCACGGAGAAUUAGUAGAAAAGACUUUUGAUUACUUAAUUCCAGCGUCCAGUUCCUUUCCCUACACCGUGCGGGCAGUUUCGGAAGUUCUUUCUUCGGACGGUUCCUCCUCGCAAGCCUCCAUUUGUGCUACUUCUUUAUCCUUAAUGACAGCCGGAGUGCCGCUAAUUAGACCGGCUGCCGGCAUAGCCUUGGGUCUCUUCGAAGGGCAGAUUUACAAUGAUAUCAACGGGUUGGAGGACAAAUUAGGUGAAAUGGAUUUCAAAAUUGCCGGCACCAAAAAGGGUAUUUGUUCUAUUCAAUUGGAUGUCAAAAACCAAGGAAUUAGCCAUGAGUUAAUAAAAGAAUGCCUAGAAAAAGCCCGGCAGGCACGGAUUUGCCUGUUAACGGAGAUGAAAAAACACAUUUAUCAUCCUCGCCCACAUUUACCAACCCAGGUUAUUAAAUGUCGCCAAUUACCAGUACCCAAAGAAAAAAUCGGCUUAAUUAUCGGACCCCGUGGUAGGACUAUCAAUCAAUUAACCGAGGAGACAGGGUCAACGAUCGAAGUUCAGCCAGACGGUUAUAUUCUUAUCUAUCACCAAGAGGAGGACCAAUUAGAAAAAACUUGUCAAGCCAUUAAGAAAAUAAUUAAAAAUAUCUGA